AUGCUUUAAUAAACAGUUUCUUUCAUAUCCCUUGAAAAAUUCAUCAGUUCCUAAAUAAAUAAUCAUAUUAAUCUAAUCUUAAAUUUGAGAAACGAUAAUAUUUCUCUAGAAGAUGCUUAGAUUUUAAACUUAAGGUUACAAAAAUGUAUUGAUCUUUAAUCUUUAACUCUUAAUCUUAGUUAAAAUAAUAUAGGAUAAGAGAUAAUAUCUACUAUUGUUCAAUCAAUAUCAGGAUGCAAUUAAAUGGAAUAAUUAAAUAUAGAUCUUAGUGAAAAUAAAAUAGACAAAAAUGGUGCAUAAAUUAUAGGAUGUGAAUUAAUAAAUUUUAAACAUCUUUAAAUCUUAAAUAUCAACUUAAACUUCAAUGCCAUCAGCAGCGAAGGAGCAUUUCAUUUAAUUUAAUCUUUGAAAUCUGUUUAGAAUCUUAGCAGCUUAGUACUAAAAGUUUGUGAAAAUAACAUUUCAUAGUUAAUAAACCAUAAUUUAGAAUAUGCAUUUAAUGGAUUUUAGUGUCUUUCGAGAUUAGAACUAUAUUUAGGCGGGAAUAAAAUAUGCUCUUAGGCUGCUUCUAAUCUUUUUAUAGCUCUUUCUAAAUGCCCUAAUUUGAAAGAUUUACAACUUAGUUUAGUUGAUAAUAAAAUUGAUGAUAAUGUAUGUAAUAAUAUAAGCUAAUAAAUUAAAAAUUAUCAGAAACUCUAAAAUAUUACAUUUGAUUUAAGUUUUAAUAAGAUAACUGCAAUAGGAAUGCUUGAGUUAAUUUCUUCUUUCAAAAAAAUGUAAUAAUUGAAGAAUUUAUCAGUCAAUUUAAGCUACAACAAUUUUAGAAGUUCGUUUGAAUAUGAUUUACAAGAAUAUAUGUAAAUUUGUACUAAUAUCUUCAAGUUCCUACUAUUUCUUAAUGGAAAUAAGAUUUAUUCUUAGGACUUAAAUUGCUUGGGAAUCUUUUUAUAGACAUUCAAAUAAUUAAAAUUUUUGGAAUUAAAUUUAAGUAAUUGCAAUAUUCUAAAGUAAAAUCACGAGAAAUUGAAAUUCCAAGCUUACAAAAUUUCACACUUAGUAAAAGUUGAUAUUUUAUUUUGA